UUCACAACUCCCCUCCAAGAUCGCAAAGAUGACGUCGAUUGCUGAUAUUGAGCAAAUGAACAAGGUCCGAGUAUCCCUCGGCAUGAAGCCGUUGGAUGUUCCGGGCCAGAGCGGAGCGCAAGACAACGACGACUCCGAUUCGGACAGCGGCAGCGGCAGUGACAGCGAUGACAUGAGCACAUUGGAGAAGCGCGCAGCAGCAGCAGGGAGCAAUUGGCAAAAGUUGGAAGCAGAGAAAAAGGAGAAGCUGGAACGGCAGAAGCGGAAAGAGGCUGCGAAAAAGGCGCGAGAUCAGGCGGCACGAUUUGAGAAGUUGGAGGGCAAAGGUCUUGGUGAUGCAGAUGAGGGAGAGGUUGAUACCCGCACAUGGCUGCUUCAACAGAAGAAGCGUCAAAAGAAGAUUGAGAAAGCGCGGAAGCUGGAGGAGGAACUUGCCGCAAGAGAACAGCAGGCAGAAUACACCGCGAAAGAUCUUGCUGGCGUGAAAGUUGGACACGAAGCUGAUCGGUUUGAUGAGCUUACCGGCGAAGCUAUUCUUACACUCAAAGAUACCGAGAUCGGCGAGGAGAGUGAGGACGACGAGCUGGAGAGCGCAGACCUCAAGGCCAGGGAAGCACUGGAAGAGAGAUUGCGACUCAAGAAGAAGCGACCCGACUACGAUCCCACCGAGCAAGGAGAGCAGCAGAAUGUGCUUUCCAAGUACGAUGAGGAGAUCGAUGGCAAGCAGCACAAGCGAUUCACUCUGGAUGGGCAAGGGACAGCGACAGAAGC